AUGUCUGCAGCUCGUCUUAGCUCCAACGCUUCCACUCGAGUCUUUGCAGCUUCCACUCGCUCUUACUCGACCCUCUCGUCUCAAGUUGCUCGCAGCACCAACACUCGCACCGCUUUCCAGAACGCCUCGCUUCUGACGUCCGCUCGCAACACCAGCAACCUCAACAGCGCUCCCAUCUCCUUCGGUGUCAGCGCCCGUCUGUUUUCAUCCACGAUGACUGCUCCAGCCAAGAUCAAGGUCGCCAACCCCGUCGUUGAGCUCGACGGUGACGAGAUGACCCGUAUCAUCUGGCACAAGAUCCGCGAGGACCUCAUCUUGCCCUUCCUCGACAUCGACCUCAAGUACUACGAUCUCGGCAUGGAGUACCGUGACCAGACCGACGACAAGGUCACUGUCGAGGCCGCCGAGGCCAUCAAGAAGUACAAGGUCGGUGUCAAGUGCGCCACCAUCACUCCCGACGAGGCUCGUGUCAAGGAGUUCGGCCUCAAGAAGAUGUGGCUCUCGCCCAACGGCACCAUCCGCAACAUUCUCGGUGGUACCGUCUUCCGUGCGCCCAUCGUUCUCGACGACCUGCCCCGCCCCAUCCCUGGUUGGACCAAGCCCAUUGUCAUUGGCCGCCACGCCUUCGGUGACCAGUACCGUUGCCAGAACUUCGCCGUCGACAAGGCCGGCAAGUUCACCAUGAAGUUCCAGCCUAAGGACGGCUCCGAGGCUCAGACUUGGGACAUCUUCGACUACCCCGAGGGCGGAGGAUCUGGUCUUGCCAUGUACAACACAACAGAGAGCAUUACCGGCUUUGCUCACUCCUGCUUCAAGAUGGCUCUCGAGAAGAACAUCCCGCUCUACAUGAGCACCAAGAACACCAUACUUAAACAGUACGAUGGAAACUUCAAAGACAUCUUCCAGGCCUUGUACGACAACACGUACCGUCAGGACUUCGAGAAGAAGGGACUUUGGUAUGAGCACAGGCUCAUUGAUGACAUGGUGGCGCAGAUGAUCAAGAGUGACGGUGGCUACCUGAUGGCGUUGAAAAACUAUGACGGCGACGUGAUCUCUGACAUCACCGCGCAAGGUUUCGGCAGUCUGGGUAUGAUGACGAGUGAGCUCAUCACCCCCGACGGCACCAUCAUGGAGUCAGAGGCCGCGCAUGGCACAGUCACUCGCCAUUUCAGAGAAUUCGCGGCAGGCCGAGAAACAUCGACGAAUUCUGUUGCUUCUAUCUACGCCUGGACCCGCGGUCUCGCCUUCCGUGGCAAGCUCGACAAGAACGACGACCUCAUCUACUUCGCCAACGCGCUCGAGCAGUCGUGCCUCGAUGCCAUUUCGGCGGGCAAGAUGACGAAGGAUCUCGCGCUCAUCUACCACGGCAAGGGCAUGAAGCGCGAGCACUACGUCACGACCAUGGAAUACAUCGACGAGGUCGCCAAGCUGCUCAAGGAGAAGCUCUCGGCGCGAGGCAUCGAGGCGGGCAAGCUUUGA